AAUAAAAUCCUAAUCUAACUGGUUAGGAACAAAAUUCUAAAGCUAACGACAAUUGCAACUAGUACUAUAACAAAUUUGUAUUUGUGUUCUCCUUCAAUGGCUUCAACAGAUCUCACAAAUAUGAAAGAAGACCAAUCAAGGGAUGGACAAGAAACAACUAGCAAAGUAAACAAGGUAAGCCAUGAUUAUAAUAACCUAAUCUUGUCACUUCCUAGAGAAAAUGGGUGUGAGACUCAAUAUAUGUAUUUUUUUCAUGGAUUUUGGUGUCCAUCAACUCUUAUUCAAUCUGUGAACUCUUUUCAAAAUAAUUUUCAUGCUAAAGACAGUGAUAUUGUUGUUGCAUCCAUUCCAAAAUCUGGCACUACUUGGCUUAAAGGUCUUGCAUAUGCUAUUGUUAAUCGCCAACAUUUUACAUCCUUAGAGAAUAACCAUCCAUUACUAUUAUUUAAUCCACAUGAACUUGUGCCUCAGUUUGAAGUAAACCUUUAUGGUGAUAAAGAUGGUCCUUUGCCUCAAAUUGAUGUAUCAAAUAUGACUGAACCAAGGCUUUUUGGAACUCACAUGCCAUUUCCUUCGUUGCCCAAGUCAGUUAAAGAGUCCAAUUGUAAAAUAAUUUAUAUAUGUAGAAACCCAUUUGAUACAUUUGUAUCAUAUUGGAUUUUCAUCAACAAAAUCAGAUUAAGGAAAUCUUUAACUGAAUUAACUUUGGAGGAAUCUUUUGAAAGGUAUUGUAAGGGAAUAUGUUUAUUUGGUCCGUUUUGGGAUAAUAUGUUGGGUUACUUGAAGGAGAGCAUAGAAAGACCAGAUAGGGUUUUAUUCUUGAAAUAUGAAGACCUUAAAGAAGAUGUUAAUUUUCACACGAAAAGAAUUGCAGAAUUUGUGGGAAUUCCUUUCACUCAAGAAGAGGAAAAUAAUGGAGUGAUUGAAAAUAUAAUCAAGUUAUGCAGCUUUGAGAGUAUGAAAGAAAUAGAGGGAAAUCAAUCUGGAACUAUAUCAGGAGACAUUGAGAAAGAGUUUUACUUUCGAAAGGGAGAAAUAGGGGAUUGGGCAAAUUACCUUUCCUCUUCAAUGGUAGAGAAACUUUCCAAAGUCAUGGAAGAAAAAUUAAAUGGAUCAAGUCUAUCAUUUAAAGUGUGCGCUUAAAUUUUAUGAUAUGUUAUUGUAUUUAAAGCAUUGCAUGUAAAACCAAUAUGUAGAAAUGGUUUCCAUUUUUUUGCAAAUGAAAGAGAUGUUGCAUGUCGAGUCAACUAGUUGCAAUCUCAGUUAUAACAGAAGAACCAGUUCAAUGGG